AUGGUACAUGUUAGCAUCUUGCAUGUCAUCAGUAUCAUUCAUGCUGUUGAUCAUCAUAACUUACAUGGCAAGUACACAAAAAAAGUUUUGCAGUUCAUAUGUGAAUAUAUCGGUGAGGUUGUCUCAAUGGAAACGUUCAAUGUUCGAAGUCGUACUGAUUAUCGUUAUCAACGAAAUCAUUACGCAUUGAACCUUUGCCCAGGUUUUGUUGUUGAUGCCUAUCAUAAAGGAAACAUUGCACGAUUUAUUAAUCAUUCCUGUGCUCCAAACUGUGAAAUGCAGCGUUGGUCUGUUAACGGCCAUUAUCGAAUUGGCUUAUUUGCUUUGCGUGGAAUUCAUGAGGGUGAAGAGCUUACGUAUGAUUAUAACUGGGAUGCGUUUGAGUUUGAUGAUGUAACGAUCUGUUGUUGUGGUGCACCGAACUGUCGACAUUUCCUUAAUAAAAAUGUUAUUAUGAAUAAUCGAGAGAAGGAACUAGCACGUAACACGCGUUUGCUUCUGCUGCGGAAUGUACGAAAAUCGGCAGCAUGUAAAUUGAAAAAAUUUAGAAAAGUGAGGCAAACUGGUUAUGGCGGCCUUUGUUCUGGUGAUUCGAGUAAACCAAUCGAAAUAGAAAUAUUAGCAAAAUUAUUUGAUGGUUGA